AUGGCGGAGGCACGGUUUGCGGUGCGGCCCACGGCGGCUCUUCACCAUGUCGGCUUUGAAGUGGACACAAGCCGGAAACAAACGCAGCUGUACGUGAGCCGCCGCGGUCUUGUUCUUUACAUUCCACAUCCUUACUUCAUUAUUAAGAACAUGCGUCGCUCCUUCUGGCAUGGGGUUGACAAAGUACAGUUUGCCCUGUACCCCAUUCCACUGUCCGUCGUGACCGCGUUCAGCUUUGGUGUAUUUUUAUGGGUCCUCAACUCGCCUGCUGACGCUUGGAUCCGCGUAAAUUGUGUUUCAGACAUCCUCUGGCGUCUUGACGAACGGAAUUUUAUUUCUGCUCGCAUUCCCUCCCGAUACCGUAUGCCGGCGCUCUGCGCAAACGUUGCCUUUGGCGCCGUGACGCUCUUCACGGCGUUGCAGCGCUUCGUCCUUCGAAAGUUACUGAGCUACAACCGCUGGAUAUACGAGGGCCAGGGGAAACUGAGCCGCAAGACGAUGCUCUGGGGUUUCAUUCUCAAGACGUUUUUUAUGCACAACCUCAAAAGGACCGGGGCGUACGGGAGUUGUUUGCCCUCGCAACCGCUGCCGGAUCUUAAAAUUACGGUGCAGCGUUUCAUGAAAUCAAUGGUGCCAUUCUACGAGGGGAAAACGGCUGAGUGGGAGCAUCUGAAAAAAUUAUCCGAGGACUUUCUGCGGAAUGAGGGGCCGCAGUUGCAGAGAUACUUGUGGCUAAAGUAUUUACUUGCAGAUAAUUACAUGACGGACUGGUGGAUCAAGUAUGUAUACCUUGCUCAGCGCGAAAGUCUUUGCAUUAACUCCAACUGGUUUGGGGUGGCGUUUGCCAAAUAUUUGCCCACCCCGCUUCAAGCUUCCCGUGCGGCGGCAUUGGUGUACAACCUUGUUAAGGUAAAGAAAAGUCUCGACAAGCGCACGUUUCCACCGCAGUUUA